AUGGAUCACGAAGACAAUCAAUACAAUGAUCCAAACAAUCGUAUCAGCCUUGAUCUCUCCUUGCGAAUUGGUCCUCAAGAACAACAUCCUGUUGAGAAACAAGUUCUCGUCGAAGAGCAAGAUCCCAUCGAGGAACAGGGCCACUUCAUGCAACUCCUGAGAUCAGUAAGUGAUCCUCCACCAACAACACAACCUUCUACUCCUCCUAAACAUUACAUGAUGCCUCAUGAAAUUUACGCAUGGAAUGUCUCCGGAGUGGCUUUUCCUCCGUCUCCACUGCCACCGUUAGGACAACUCCUUCAGCCUCAAGCGAUCCAGGGUGGAUCUGAGACUCCCCGGACGGGAACUAGGUUAGGGCGGCCACCCUCUGGCCCCCAAGCACGUCGUAACUCAUCAAGAGUUGCAGUUGAAAGAAACGUGGGUGACAAGGAGAUCGUACCAGUACAACCGUAUCCAGCCAUAAUUCAUACACUCAGUGACUUGUUAACCAACAAUAUUACCGUGAUAUCUGGACAAGUCUAUUGCAGACCUUGCGAAAAAACGGAAACCUUGGAGUAUAAUCUCAAGGAGAAAUUUGAGGAACUGGAACGAUACAUCAAGGAGAACAAGGAGGUAAUGCGUCAACGAGCCCCCAGCGUUUGGAUGUAUCCGAAACUGAUUCGAUGUGGCCUAUGCGACAACGAGAUGAAGCCGGUGAUUAGCCUUAAUAAGGAAGAAAUCAAUUGGUUGUUUCUUUUGUUAGGGCAAAUGUUGGGAUGUUGUACUUUGGAACAGCUCAAAUACUAUUGUCACAAGACUAGUCAACAUCGAACUGGUUCAAAGGAUCGUAUUCUCUACAGUACUUAUCUUGGUUUAUGCAUGCAGCUCAAGCACUGUAAUACAUUUAGCCUCUGA